GCCAGCAGAUGGUGCUACCCGUCAUUAUUCCAUUAGGCUCCGGUUUAACCCCCGCGGGGAUCGGCUUUAACCCUUCCCGCUCCCCGCCCGCAGCGCCGCCCACAGCGGCCGCUCGCUCCUUGGAAAACCGUGGGAACCAGGCGCUGUUCCGUCCUGGACCUCGCUGCGCUGCGACCCUGCGGCUCCAGCCCCGGGGAUGGCACGGGGGGACAGCGGCUCGACCCGAGCCUGUGGCCUCGCACAGAUUUCGCUCUCCAAAAAUGGAAGAAGCCCUUGGGUUUAUGCCUCUCCCCUGCCCGGACCUGCGGGACCCUGCGGUGAGGACCUCGCUUACUUGGGACUCGGCUCUGUGCUUGGGUUCUGUUAAAGCUGUCUGCUGCUUUUAGGAGUUGCAAGGACCAAAGUUCCUGCUACAACAGAGUUUACACAUCAAGCUGAGCCAUACAUGGGCCUCAUGGACAACUGCUACAAAGACUUAACAAAGAUAAAAAACAAUCCACAUGCAUCUUCUUAUUCUUCUGAAGAUACAAACAGGUACUGUAAGCCAUAGCAUGUUGCAAGUCACAAAAAUCACAAUAGCUAUGUUUUUCUUGUAAGUUUGCUUAAAAUAUUACUAAAGAACUCUCUGUAUGUGUGGUGCUCAGUAAAAACAAUUGGUACAGUGAAAAACAAAAGGUACAGUGAAACAAUGGCCUUUAAGAUUACUUAAGACUGUUUCAGAAAGACAGUUGUGACUGACACGUUCUUAAAAUAAUGUUUCAAACUAUAAGAAAAUACACAAAAUGCACAGAACCAAAAUAUCUGCAAUGUUUUCUUUAACACUAAGGCUAACUUUUCUUUUCCUUUCAAUAUAUAAACUACAACUUAAUUGUGAAGUCAUGAAUAUCUUUUAAAAGAGGACUUCCUAUCAAUCUAUGAAACUAAUUCUGGUUUGCAAUUUACUAUGCUGCCAAAUAGCUUAUGUGCACAUAUAUGAUACAAUACAAACAUUGAAAAUUAUUCUCAAAUACAGACUGACUCCUGAAAAGACAAUAUGUAAAAGAUGGGAACAAUUUCAUGAGAUAGAAAUUAAAAUGCUUGCCUUCACAGUAAGAUAUCAAGGGAAGAAAAAACCCAAGUACAAACACAAGCCAAAUAAUCCACACAAAAGAAAACCUGCCACAUUUAUGAAAGAAAAAUUACACAGCUUUCAAAAACGUAAGACUUGUCAUCUUUUCUCGCCUAACAUUGCUAGUUUCAUUUAUCAAACUUACUCAAAUCAGCAUUAGAAUUCUCAGUCUCAUCAUCCUAGAAACCCACUAAUUUAUAUUUAUUAGCCUUUAGAGUUCCCAAAUCCAAUCCACUCAACACCUGACAAUAGACACUCUCUUCAAAAUCUAUGUAACCAGCAACUUGAGCAAAUUUUUUUUAAGCUGAUAAUGAACAGAGAAAACAACAUCUCUCCAGAUGCAGGAGGCUGUUAGGUAGGAAAAGUGCUGGAAAUUAUUUUGAUCUAUAUAUUUAAAAUUAACAUAAUAGCUAAAAGAAACUAUAAAACCUGAGUGCACAAAGCACACUGACAUCUGGACAAAAGCUACAUGAAUUCCAAAGGUAAUUCAGAUUCUCUGGCUUUGAAGCCAUACUACUGGUUAACACCUUUACAAGUUCUGCUUCUCUUUCAGUAAUAACACUUCACUAACAUGUCAUGAAGUGUAUGAUUUUCUAAAAAAUGUCUCAAGAUAGAGUGCUGUUUUGGAAGUUUUAGAGGCAAAGGUAUGUUUGAAGCCACUCAAAAGUUUAGAGUUUGGAUAAUAGUGUCAGUGAAAACAGGUUAGUGGUUACUGGAGCCAAGGGAUAGUCCUGCAUCGAGCCCACUUGCACUCUCUUCUCAUUUGAGGUUACAGUUCCAUGCACAAUUAUUUUGCCUCUACUGCAGAAAAUGAUGCCUCCUACUCCUUUCUCACAUAAUCCCAGGAUGGCUGAGGUUGGAAGGGACAUCUGGAGAUGGUGUAGUUCAACCCCCCUGCUAAGGCAGGGUCACCUAGAACAGGUUGCACAGGAUCAUGCCCAGAUGGUUCU